AUGGCUCGCACUUUUGAGAACGCAUCGGGGUUGGAUUUGCUGUCCAAGACAGAGCGGGGUUUCUCUCGCAAGGAACCUAUGAAGGUCGGUCGGCUUCAUUCGCCAGGCUUCAUUUCUUGUGGAUCGGUCGGAAAGGAUACGUGGAACAGCAGGGAUGCAGAGGAUGUCGUGGAUCCGUUGUUCCCAAUGUGGGUCCACACCCAGAGCUUCCUCUCUAGCAGUACUAUUUCUGAGUGUUCUAGCUCCGCCGAGGACGACAGUCAGCAGGCGGCUUCGACUGGAAAUUUGCAUCCUCAGCAGAGGUCGGGCAGCCCAUGCAGCCCCCUCAGCGUCAAGGCUACCAGGUCUGUCCCAGAGCCGGAGAUAGGAAAGAUGGAAUCAGCCGACGGAUCGAGCAGCGACCAACGGACCACCGUGAUGAUGCGCAACCUGCCCACCACCUUUUCCCGGGCCCGUCUGAUCGAUCUGCUGAACAGCAAGGGCUUCUCGGGGCAGUUCGACCUGAUCUAUCCAAAUCUUCCUAUUGACUUCGGUUCUGCGUGCAACCUUGGCUAUUUCGUGAACAUGACGACUCAUCAGCAGGCGUUGCACUUUUGGGAGGUCUUCCAUGGUUUCGCAGCAUGGACGGCACUCGGGUGCCGCAAAGUAUGUGCCGUGUGUUGGGGUGCAGUGCAGGGGCUGCGCGCGAACAUUGCGCGAUACCGAAACUGCCCUAUCAUGUGCAAGCAUGCCGUACCUGAUGAUUACAAACCUGCUCUAUUCCAACAUGGUAUGCAGGUUCCAUUCCCGCUCAAGGUCUCACGGUCCAAAGCAAUGUUGCAACGCUCAGCCCGUAUCCAGAUGCCGGCGCUUUGCGGUUCCAUGCGGCGUGGGCAGUAG